UCUUUUGAAAGAAGCCUUACAACUUUCACAAUAAAGACACUAACAAAAAACGAUACUAUAAAAGAAGGAUAUUGGCCCAAAGAUGAUACAGUUCUUGUCUUUAAUCAAGUCUAGAAUCAUUAUCAUGAAGGCCUUCGUUUGUAUCCUUGCUUUUGUGGCUUACGUCAGUGCUGGUGGUGUUUCCAGUUAUGGAAGUGGAGUUGCUAUUGGAUCUUUGGGUUCUUACGGUCUUGGAAGUGGACUCGAAAGUAACAGUGGACUUGGUGUUCAACGUUUAGCUGUGUCACAACCUAUUUACUCAUCUGGAAGUAUUGGUUUAGGGCAACCAAUUGGCUUGAACCAAGGACAAACUAUUCGUAAGGUUUCUGUUUCCCAGCCAAUUCUCACACCUGUUAGCGUUCAACGACCAGUCCUGACCCAAGCAGUUAAACGUGUUUCUGUUGCUCAACCAAUUGUCACAGGAAGAAGUCUUGGCAUCAGCAGUGUUCCAGUUCGUAGUGUUUCCAUUGCUCAACCACGUACUGUCACCUUAUCACAGCCAAUCCUUUCUGCUCAACCUAUCCGUCGUACUGUUCAAGUGGCUCGUCAACCUCUUAUUGCAAGUGCCCCAAUUAGUCUUGGUCAAACACAAGGAGUUCGCCGCGUAACAACAACAACUAUUUCGCAACCUAUUCUGACUCCUGUUAGGUCUGUUGUAUCUCAACCAAUACUUUCUAGCUCAAAAAUCAAUCUUGGUGGAGCUAGCUAUGGAUCUGGUCUUGGACUUGGACUUAGUCAAGCCCAACCUCUUCGUCGUGUUUCUGUUGUUCAACCAUCACUUUCAGCCGGUAUUUCAUCUGUUCCAGUUUUGACUUCUUCCAGCUAUGGUUUGGGCAGUGGUUUGAACAGCAUUGGUGGCAAGGGAUCUCAUGGAGUUAUCUAUGGAAAAUAAACUAUAAAGGUCCUUAACGAGGAGAUUUGUAAACGAUGAUCAAUAAACUUUAGUUAGUAAGUUUUUAGGUAAAUACAUAAUUUUCUUUAACUGCG